CUCGGGGCCGGCUCGGUGCGAAGAGCCGGGUCGGGCGGUGGGUCGGCGGCAGGCGGCGACGCCACCACAACAACCAUGGAGGAUGAAAUGCCCAAGACCCUAUACGUGGGGAACCUGUCCAGAGAUGUGACAGAAGCUCUGAUCCUCCAGCUGUUCAGCCAGAUUGGACCAUGCAAAAACUGCAAAAUGAUCAUGGAUACAGCUGGAAAUGAUCCCUAUUGUUUUGUGGAGUUCUAUGAGCAUCGCCACGCGGCUUCGGCACUGGCUGCCAUGAAUGGCCGGAAGAUAAUGGGUAAGGAGGUCAAAGUGAACUGGGCAACGACUCCCAGCAGCCAGAAGAAAGACACGAGCAACCAUUUCCAUGUCUUUGUUGGAGACCUCAGUCCUGAAAUUACAACUGAAGAUAUAAAAGCAGCUUUUGCUCCGUUUGGAAGAAUAUCAGAUGCACGGGUGGUUAAGGACAUGGCAACGGGCAAAUCCAAAGGCUAUGGCUUCGUCUCCUUCUUCAAUAAAUGGGAUGCAGAGAAUGCUAUUCAGCAGAUGGGCGGCCAGUGGCUCGGUGGAAGGCAAAUCAGAACAAACUGGGCAACGAGAAAACCUCCAGCUCCAAAGAGUACAUACGAAUCAAACACCAAACAACUGUCUUACGAUGACGUGGUCAAUCAGUCCAGCCCCAGCAACUGCACCGUGUACUGUGGAGGCGUCACUUCAGGCCUGACAGAGCAGUUAAUGCGCCAGACCUUCUCUCCAUUCGGGCAGAUAAUGGAAAUCCGAGUCUUCCCAGAUAAAGGCUACUCCUUUGUACGGUUUAAUUCUCACGAGAGCGCCGCGCACGCCAUCGUUUCUGUCAAUGGGACGACUAUCGAGGGCCACGUGGUGAAGUGCUACUGGGGGAAGGAGACGCCUGACAUGGUCAGCCCAGUGCAGCAGAAUCAAAUUGGAUACCCUCAGGCUUACGGGCAGUGGGGGCAGUGGUAUGGCAACGCGCAGCUGGGGCAGUACGUGCCCAACGGGUGGCAGGUGCCCGCCUAUGGGAUGUACGGGCAGGCGUGGAACCAGCAGGGCUUCAAUCAGACACAGUCAUCAGCAGCGUGGAUGGGAGCAAACUACAGCGUUCAGCCCCCCCAGGGGCAGAAUGGCAGCGUGCUGACAAACCAGGCCGGGUACCGAGUGGCAGGAUUUGAGACACAGUGAGAACCCAACGCAGCAGCUGGGUGCUGGUGGGGCUCGAGCAGCGUCACAGAGAUGUGUCAGAUCAAGUCAGUGCAAGCAUCAGAUGCAAUGUAUUUAUUUAAGAGAAAGAAAAAAAAAAAAAAAAAAAAAAAAAAAAAAACAUUU